CAAGUGCGGCCGGAGAGCGUGGGGCGUCUUGAGGCUACGGGCUGCGGACCCUUAGGAGCGCGGGGGUUUGCGGCCUGCGUUCAGCAGGCUCCGCCGCGCACUUUCAGAGGCAGCAAGGCGUGAAGAGUAGAUUUUCCCUGCGCCCUGGGCUGUGUGGCCAUGGAAAAUCAGGUGCUGACACCGCACGUCUACUGGGCUCAGCGACACCGCGAGCUGUAUCUACGCGUGGAGCUGAGUGACGUGCAGAAUCCUGCCAUCAGCAUCACUGAAAAUGUACUGCAUUUCAAAGCUCAAGGACAUGGUGCCAAAGGAGAUAAUGUCUAUGAAUUUUACCUGGAGUUCUUAGAGCUUGUGAAACCAGAGCCUGUUUACAAACUGACCCAGAGGCAGGUAAACAUUACGGUACAGAAGAAGGUGAGUCAGUGGUGGGAGCGACUCACCAAGCAGGAGAAGCGCCCACUGUUUUUGGCCCCUGACUUUGAUCGCUGGCUGGACGAGUCUGAUGCGGAAAUGGAGCUCAGAGCCAAGGAAGAAGAACGCCUGAAUAAACUACGAAUUGAAAGCGAAGGCUCUCCUGAAACUCUUAUAAGCUUGAAAAAGGGAUACCUGUUCAUGUAUAAUCUUGUGCAGUUCUUGGGAUUCUCCUGGAUGUUUGUCAACAUGACUGUGCGGUUCUUUAUCUUGGGAAAAGAGUCCUUCUACGACACAUUCCACACCAUGGCUGACAUGAUGUAUUUCUGCCAGAUGCUGUCAGUGGUGGAAGUGAUCAAUGCGGCGAUUGGAGUCACCAAGUCACCAGUGCUGCCUUCUCUCAUCCAGCUUCUUGGAAGAAAUUUCAUUUUGUUUAUCAUCUUUGGCACCAUGGAAGAAAUGCAAAACAAAGCUGUGGUAUUUUUUGUGUUUUAUAUAUGGAGCACAGUUGAAAUUUUCAGGUACCCCUUCUACAUGCUUUCCUGCAUUGACAUGGAUUGGAAGGUGCUCACGUGGCUUCGUUACACUGUGUGGAUUCCUUUGUAUCCUAUGGGAUGUUUAGCAGAAGCUGUCUCAGUGAUCCAGUCCAUCCCGAUAUUCAAUGAAACAGGAAGAUUCAGCUUCACAUUGCCAUAUCCAAUGAAAAUCAAAGUUAGAUUUUCCUUUUUUCUUCAGAUUUAUCUUAUUAUAUUAUUUUUAGGGUUAUACAUAAAUUUCCGUCACCUUUAUAAACAGCGCAGGCGGCGCUAUGGACAAAAAAAGAAAAAGAUCCACUGAAAAGAGAUUUAGAUGACUUCUUGCCAUUUAGACUUUUGAGCCUACUCUAUAAUUCUUACGGUUUUAUCUUCUUGUAUUGAUGUAAAAGUUUUUUUAAAGUUAAAUGAUUAAAUUCUAAGUAAGGCUAUCUUCCGUUUCCCCCAGUGACAUCCUGAAUUUACUGUAUUAUCUCACUGUAGUACUUGCAUGACAUCUGAUGACAGGCUCGUUCUUUUGUGUUCUGUUGGUGACAGCAGAUUCAGCCCUGCUUCCGCCCACUCCAUGUUGUCAGUCAGUUUCACACAAGCCAGAGAUUUCUUCAGUGUCCUGAAUCUGCUGGGUACUGUCCAUGCUCACAGUUGGAAUUUGUUCUUUUCAGCUGUUGUGUGAAGGGGCGGGGGGGAUGAAGACUGUUUUGCUCUAUAGGAGGCUGUGAAAAUGACUCGGGCAGGACCUAAUAUAUUCUGUACCCAAGGGGUUACUUGUUAAGUAGGGUGGCAUUGAUUUUUUGAAAAUCAAUUCAACUCAGUCAUUGCUAAAACAUUUCUGAGUCCAAAUGGGCCUAGAAAACACGUAUUACCUCUGAAUUUGUCGGCCUCUCUAAUGCUAGCCUCUGUGGUGUGAUACCACGCUUACCUGUGUGGGCACAGAAUGAUUUGAGAGAGACCAGUCAGAACCUUGGAACACUAUUAACACUUCCUUCAUUCUGAGAUAAAGCAGAACUAUGUUCAACACUAAAGAAAGACGAAACAUUAGUUAGAAAAUAAUGAGAUGAUAAGAGUUCCAAACCCAAAUGGCUCCAGGGAUCAGAAGGAUCAAACUGGCGGUAAGACGCUGGCAAUGUAGCCUGUAGCAACCUGGGAACAUGAGAGUAGGCCAGACUAAGUAUGCGUAUAAAACUGUCUUAGGCUGUGCACAAAAACUCAAUCUUCCUUCCUCUGCACUGGCUAAGUCCGUGUACUUGUGUACCUGUCAGAGUAGGUGGUGGGAUUGUCUGUUUUGAACGGACCUCAGAAAUACCUUUUAUUCUGCCGCUGUUUCACCUUUCCGCAGUAGGACAGUGAGCAGAGAACUGGCUGGAGAAUCACCAGCUGGUCUUUUAAGAAAGAUUCCUGGCAGGAACCCACCAACAGAGGAACUGAAAAAAAUCUCGGCAUUGUGAAGUUUGGCCAUUGUCAAAGACAUCAGUUUCUUUUACCACAUUCCAAGCAAACUAAGUAAAAUGGGUUAGAAGUAACACUAGGAUAAAAGAAUUUAAGGCCAGUUAGCUCUUCCUGUUUUGCCAUUCCCAUUGUUCCUGGGGGAAAGGGAACUAAAUGAGUUCUGCUGUUUCUCUGAGCCCAAAGGGGAAACUUGGUUUCACCUAAAAACAUAUGAGCUUAGGCUGGAUGAUUUUUUUACCAAUUCAUUGCACUGAAGGAUUGCAUGUCUUAACUUCUGUCGUACUUGUUUGUAUUAACUUCUGAUGUUCUUUCACCUUUCUGUGUGUAACUGGGCAGAUGAGCUUUGCAGUAGAUGGUGCUGCAUAUGUGGCAGAAUCUUACAUUCUUAAAAGCCCCUUUGUUCCUGUCUGAGAAAGCAAAAGAUUGUGUAUUUCUAUUAAACAUUUACAG